AAUGGGGUCAGCGGGAAGCAGAGGAACGACGAAGCGCUCUGCGGCAGCCAACGCGCUGGUGCAGAACCUCACCAACUCGGCGUGGAUGUACCUGGCGCCGGUGGCGUUCGGGGUGGCGAGGAGCCUCUACAACCAGCACCUCCGGCGGCGGCUGGGCCGGCACGUCCCGUCCGUCGACCCCUUCGUCACCGUCGACGUCGUCGCCAGGCUGGGGGACCCGCACCCCUACCACUCCUACCACGACGAGGAGGCCAAGUCGAGCGACGCCUACGCUGAGGUGCUGGCGUACCUGAGCGCCGCGUGCUCGCGGGAGGCGCGCAAGCUCCGCGCCGAGGGCCACGGCUUGGUGCUCGGCCUCCGCGACGGCCAGGAGGUGGCCGACGAGUUCAAGGGCGUCACCGUGUGGUGGUGCGCGGUGCCGCCGUCCCCGGCCGACGCCAGGAGGCGCUGCCGCCUCACGUUCCACGAGUCCCACCGGAGGCUCGUCGUCGACGAGUACCUGCCCCACGUCCGCCGCACCGGACAGGAGCUCCUCUCCGGCAACCGGCCACGCAGGCUCUACUCCGCAAACAAAAGUGACAACAAUUAUAGGAAAAAUUAUGAGGUAUGGAGCUAUGUAGACUUCGACCACCCGGCCACGUUCGAGACCCUGGCCAUGAACCCAGCAAAGAAGCGGAUGGUCAUGGACGACCUGGACGACUUUCGCGACAGCCGGGACUACUACAGCCGCAUCGGCAAGGCGUGGAAGCGUGGCUACCUCCUCUACGGGCCGCCGGGCACAGGCAAGUUCUCCAUGGUCGCCGCCAUGGCCAACCACCUCAACUACGACGUCUACGACGUCGAUCUCGCCUCCGUGCACACCAACGGCGACCUCCGCAAGCUCUUCGCCGAGACCACGCGAAGGUCCAUCGUCGUCAUCGAGGACAUCGAUCGCUCCCUCGACCACGCCACAACGGAGCCGCAGAGGGAGACGCUAACGCACACCCACACACCCUGGUGCACGGACACGCCCGUGCACCCAACGCACGCACACACGCACGCCCUAGUCCUCGGACCCGACGCGCCCAGCAAGUCCAGUGCGCGCCCAUACCCGCACUCGACAUGCCCGGCUCGUACGCCGUGGCUUAUUCGCCCUUCACUAGUGACGCUGCCGGGCCUGCUCAGCUUCAUGGACGGGCUGUGGUCGGCGCACGGCGGCGAGCGGAUCAUCGUGGUCACCACCAACUGGUCCCGCGCGCUCGACGAUCCGGCGCUGGCCCGGCGGGGGAGGAUGGACGUGCACAUCGAGAUGAGCUACUGCGAGUUUGGGGCGUUCAUGACGCUCGCCAAGAACUACCUCGGCGUGGACGCGCACCCUCUCUUCUACGCCGUGGAGGAGCUGCUGCGGGUGGCGGACAUGACGCCCGCGGACGUCGCCGAGUGCCUGAUGUCGCGCUCCGAGCGCGCCGCCCGCGGCGAUGCCGAUGCAUGCCUCGCGCGCUUGGUUGACGAGCUCAAGAGGAAGGCCGUCGUGGGGAAGACGGCGGUCAAGGAGAAACUUGUAUUGUUACCGGGAAAGGAGAGUGAGAAUCAGGCGUCUGUGAAAGGAAAAGGCGGGGAAGCCACGGCCGACGGAAAAACUAGCUAG